AUGAUUGAUCUCAUGAAAGAUAAAAUGCUACAGAAUGAUAGCUUUAUAUUCGUUGAAAACAUUUAAACUAAAGAACUAGUAGGAAGUUUCGUUGUAUUUGAUCAAGAUCAGCCACAAGACUCAAUUUCUAUUCCUUCAGAUAGAUUGAGAAGCAUUAUCAAUUCACUUGUUGAAACAACCAAAAGAGCUAAGGAAAAUCAUCCAGAAUUUUUCACAAAUGAAAUGAGAAAAAUGAGAGUUCGCCUAAUAAUAGUAUUUAGAGAGCAUAGAGGCAAAGGAAUCCUUAAUCGCAUGUAUGAAGCAUUCGAGAAUAUCGCAGAAUCUAGAGGCUUUAAUGCUAUUCAUAUGACUUGUGGAGCUCCUGAGACAUUUCAUCUCUGCAAAAAAUUUGGGUAUUAAACUUUAGGAGAGUUCAGAUAUUAGGAUAUGGAGCCAGAGUUUUUGGAAUAUUAUAAGCCUUCUGACGAGAUAAAGUCAAAAUUUCGAGGAGAGGAUAUGAGGAUAUAAUACAAUAUUAAAAUUUUAUCAAAAAAAAGUGAUGAGCAAGUUGCUGGGUUGAUCGAAUAAGCUUUUGAAAGAUAAUGA